CUUUUUGACAUGAUGUGCAUUUAAUGCAACUCUGUCUUCUGGUGGUAUUGCCUGACUUCUUACUGAGUUCUGGAAAUAGCAGCACAGCUCAAAGUCCUGGGCUAUAAAUUCCCAAUUUUCUUUAACUUUCUGCACCUCGAUUCAGAGCAGAUUACUUUCCAUGGAUUUUACCAUCCUGGCUGUGGUCUUCUUGACCCUCUCCUGCUCCCUUGUGCCUGCAGAAGCCCGAAACUAUAAUUCUAUCCUCACAGUGUCAAAUGGAGGACCGUGGGGUAUUUGGGGUGCAAUCCAGUUUUGUCCAGCAGGAUCUUAUGCUCAUGGCUUCUCACUGAAGGUAAGGUUUGCUCCUGGGAUGUUGUCACAUCCAGCUCUCUCUAAAGUUCUUCCCCUCCUUUCUUUCUGAAUGCUUCCCAGAACACAGUUUUAGACCUCCGUGAGGAGGGGGGGUGGAGCAUAGACAAUGGCUGUACUCUUAAGUCUAUUAUUCUUCCCCUUUGUCUAAAAGGUGGAGAAGUGUUAAGGAACGAUGGGCCAGAUAUCAGCAACCAGGUGAUGGGCUGGUUUCCUCUUCCCCUACCCUGAGGUUGAUCAGGAGAGAUUCUGUUAAAUUCAUUUCUUUUCUGGGAAAGUAUUCUAGCAUGGUUUGUUUCCGUGUGUAUGUAUGUAUGUAUGUAUGUGUGUGUGUGUGUGUGUUUAGGGGUGCAAGUCCCCCUCAAUGCCGCAGGUUGUAUGUAAGCGGUUGCAUCCUGUUGGCGGCUGGGACCAGUGACCUUUGGGCCAGGUAUGGUCAAUGAAGCCCUUCCAACUGUCUCACAAGGCAAUAUCUUUUGGAGGUACUGUAUUCAGCUCAGCUUUACUCAAGAGAAGCCUUAUGUGAUUAAUAGACUUUAGUAGUGUUCAUUAAUGGGACAAAUCUGUGUAAAGCUUAGUUGAAUACCAUUCCUAUUUUCCCCACCCCUCAUCCCAAGUGAUCUGUGCAGGAAAUAAGAGCUUUUUCUCAAUGGUAAGAUUGUUUUCUUUCUGUGCUAUGUGGUCAGAAUGGGACUCCAUGAUAUUAUUGAAUGCCACCCCAGUCUCUGAGUGGUGCAAGAUUCCAGAGUUUCCAGGCACUUAGCUUGGGUUCAUGUUUCCUUUUAGAGUGAGGCUGCUCCUCCCGUUCCGCUGGCACACAUGGAGUAAAGAGAUCUGUUAGCAGCCGCUCUUCACCUCCAUCCUGCAGUUUGUCCUCCACUGAGGCACUUUUCUCCUGCAUCCCAUUUUCCACACUAGGCUCCCAGGGGGUAGAGAAAUCAGUCAUCAUCAGCUCCUCAGGUAGCUGGUCUCACUGCUGCACUAACUGCUGCUGGAGCAUCUACCUGACCUACUCCAGGGAAGUUGCUGUUCCUCCCUUCAUUUUGGCAUGGGCACACCUUCCUCACAGGUCCACCUCCAGGAAACACAAAUCUCACCUUCUGACACCACUGUUGCAUACCAGCCCAAUUUCCAAGUGGUGCGAGAUUCCAGGAGUUCCAAGUGCUUACCCAGGGUUCGGGUUUCCUUUUAGAAUAAGGCACAGUAGAGACUGUGGUGUCUUUAUGAUCUAUGGUUUAAUUUGCACAUAUAUACAACCUGAGCCUACAAUGGAGAGGUUUACAGCAUUACCUACAAAAGGGUUUUGCUUCUCUCAUAGCCACAGCCUUGGAUACAAACAGAAAUCAAACAUUAUUCUCUGGCCCUCUGCUUGCUGCUGUUCAUCUACCUCACAUCACCAAAAACUCUGCUCUAAAACCCAGGCUUGUCUUUCUAACUAUCUAAGAGUUGAAGGAUGGGUCCCACCCAUUUGGUGUCUGGCACAGAGCCCCUUUUCCUUUGUUCUCUGAAUGGGCCAUCACCCAGAUAAUCACCUCAUGAGGAAGCUAGCCUGGCAUAUUUUUCCCAAUAGGUAGAGCCAGUUCAAGGCCUUGGGGAUGAUACAGCACUGAAUGGAGUCCGUCUCCACUGCACUGAUGGAUCAAUAAUUGAGUCUUCAGUUGGACCGUAAGUAGCUUUCUUGCUUUCAUUUCCUCUUUGGUGUAAUUGUUUGGAAGACGGGAGGGGCUGACAGGAAAUUACUUAUGCUGGGUUAAAUCAGCACCACCAAAAGGUGAACAUCAGGAUUCAUACUGCCUGUUCAAAACUCUCAAGUGGUAUCAACUCUAGCAUUUUCCUGGUUUCGAACACUACGUUGCAAGACCACAGAAUUCAUGGCAAAUCCAGCUUGAGGGGCUGGCACUGUUGGACACUUGCUGAGGCCUGUACUCCAGUAGGGGACCCUGUACCAACCUCUGGCUCUUCCUUGCUUAGCUGCCGCUCCUCCUUGCAUGUUCACUUAACCUCUCUGAGCAAGUGAGUAGUGCAAGGAGGAAGGAGAAUCUGCUCUUCCUGCCCUCUUCAUUUGCCAUAUGUGUUGGACUCAGAGAAGAAGGCAAAUGAAGGGGCAGUGAUGACACUUAAGGAGGGAAACAUUAAGGCAGAGCUUUCCAAACUGUGUGUCACAACACAUUUGUGUGUCAGCUGCAGUCUGUAGGUGUGUCGCGUGAACUCUCCCCACACUCCUUCACGAAAAGUUUGGAAAGCUCUGUAUUAAGGGGACCUUACUCAAGGCCAAAUCUGGACCUGGCUCUGCCUCAUGGAAGCCGAGAAACCAAGAGAGACAGACUCCAAUUCUAUUCAAGAGAACCAGGAUGUUCUUAGAAAACACCAUAUUACUGUCAGGGAUUAAAUAACUGGAAGGACUAAGUGAAGUUAUUUGCUUGGGAGUUGCAUUGAGUUCAGUGAGAUUUACUUCUAGGUAAAGUGUCCUUACAGGACCACUAAUUAUUAAAGUACUAGCCCACCUUUCCUCCCAAAUAUGUACUUUGUUUUAAAAGUACUAUUAAAACAAAACUUAUUUGAAACAUUUGAAAACAAUUUUAAACUAUCUAAAGCCUACCCCCAUUCCCUGUACCUAGGCAUAUGAUGCCCUAGUUGUUGGUGUUUUCUUCUUAACAGCAGAAGUGGAGGAUCAUAAUCCUAUAUCCCACAUUACAUCCUCUGAAAUAUACUGGUUGUUUUGCUUCAGGAGAGUUCUCUAACUUAAAAGAAGUUGAGCCGUAGUAAACUGAUCUAUGUGCCCUGUCAUCUCUCUCCUUUUCCUGUAAAUACAGUGGUACCUUGGGUUACAUACGCUUCAGGUUACAUAUGCUUCAGGUUACAGACUCGGCUAACCCAGAAAUAGUAACUCGGGUUAAGAACUUUGCUUCAGGAUGAGAACAGAAAUCGUGCUCUGGCGGUGCAGUGGCAGCGGGAGGCCCCAUUAGCUAAAGUGGUGCUUCAGAUUAAGAACAGUUUCAGGUUAAGAACGGACCUCUGGAACGAAUUAAAUAUUUAACCCGAGGUACCACUGUAAAUAAUUUUGCUAGAUCAUUCUACCAAGCAAGAUUUAUUGUAAUUGGAACAUCAAAGUGAUAUCAAACAGUUUCAUAGACUUACUAACUCUACCUAAUUCUGGGUUCCUGGCCAUGGACUACUGGCUUCACUGGGAGGGGAGAGUGUUGGAGUAGGAAGGAGGGGCAGAGGCAGGUACAUUUUGGACAUUUGAAGGCAGCAAUGGAAAGGCCUUUGAGGCUUUUGGAGCAUCCUCUUGGAAUGCUCACAAGUGCUUGAUCCCAUUUGGAGCAAGCAGAGGGAUCCUUGUGCAUUUCUAAUUAACAUUAGUAUCUUCUUUGACAGGUGGGGAUCCUGGAAAGAAAUUAAAUACUGUCCCCAAGGCAAUCUGGUCUCUUUCUCUCUGAGAGUGGAAGAACACCAAGGCAAAGGUGAUGAUACAGCAGCCAACAACGUCCAGUUCACCUGCCAAGACGGAACUGCACUGACGGGCCAGGGACUUGCCUGGGGUAGAUUUGGCUCUUGGAGCAGUCGCUGCUAUUCUGGUUCUGUCUGUGGGAUCCAGACAAAGGUGCAGGGUUACCAAGGCGAGCGCGAUGACACAGCACUUAAUGAUGUGGAGCUCUUCUGCUGUCGCUGAACGCUAUGAUGUCUCCUUAUCAUACAAUGUUUCUCUGCUACUUUUCAGUUGUCAUGGAUGUUAACCACAAUUAAAUAUCAGCUUGAGAA